AUGAGCUUUGCAAAGCUACCAGAUGAAAAAAUUCUUAUGGAAAUAAUGCAAUAUCUACCAAUGCGAGAUCGCUGUCGGGCGCGGAGAGUUUGCAAAGAAUGGUACCGAAUUCUAUAUGACAAAUGCCUGGGGAGACAUGCUGACCUGUUGGAGUUCCCUAUUGACCUGAAGACAAUGUGGAAACUUGUCAGAUAUCAUUUUUGCCAAUGUCUCUUAACAUUGAAAAUACGAGGCUUUGCUUCUGCAGAUGGCAGCAGUAACGAAAAGCCGUCAGUUUCUAUGGCCCUGCUAAGAGAACUCACCAUUCGCUGUCCAAAUCUCCAGCUUCUAAAUUUUACUGAAUGUAAAACAAGCACCGUUUCAGUUGAGCGUCUUCCUCCAUCCAUCACAUGCCUAGAAAUGGUCAACAGUAGAUGGCAGCUUAGAUGGUUGCAUGGUACACAGAUGUAUCUGCCAAAGCUGCAAUACCUGAAUCUGGACAAGACACUAUGUGUGGAUAACUAUGAUUUGCAAGACAUUGCUGGCUUCAGGAACUUGAAGUAUUUAUCACUUAAUAACUGUUAUUGUAUAGGGUCAUUAGGUGUUAGAAUCAUUGCUGUAAGUUUGUUGGAUUUAGAAGUCUUGAACCUCACUUGUGUUUCCAUAGAUGAUUUGACAGUCCAUUACAUUGCACUGCAUUUGAAGAAGCUGAAGGAGUUAUGCCUCUGUAGUUGCAGAUCACUUACUGACAGAGCUGUUACUUCAAUAGCCCAGGGACUUCCGGUGUUGAACAAGCUGGACAUUUCAUACUGUCCACACAUCACAAUGAGAGGACUUGAAUCAUUGUUUUUUAGCAAAUUAUCAGUGCUCAUUAUUCAACACUUAGAUAAGUGGUCUGAGGAAGAGAUACAAAAUUUGAGAAGUGGUUUUCCUGAAAAUUUUAUUUUGGAAGCGUUUGAUUUGUUAGCAUAUUUUAACACAGCAUAUUUUAACAUACUGCCACAUAUUUAA